AUGGAAGUUGAAGGGAUUCAUCCCCUUCUUUUGCCAUAUCUGCAACGAUUUCUAAGAAAACAAGACGACAAAAGUCUGCAGAAAUUAAAAAGUGAAGUUGAUGAAAUGAUUGAUGGAGUUCCGAGAGAGGCUGAAUAUUGGAGAGCGGUGCGAGUGAAAAUUGGAGAAGAACUUUUGAAUUGGAAUCAAAAGGGAAUGGAGAAUUCACAGAAGACAAAAAUGGUGUUUGAAACACUGAAGAAUGAACCCCUCAAAGUGAACACGACAUUUGUGAAGGAAAUCACAUUUGGAAAAAAUGACACGGGAAAUACAAAGAAGGAAAAGCCGGAAGUCCAAAUCCGAAAGAAAAUGCGGCAAAUCCAUGUCAACGGGAAAAUUGAAACGGUCACGGAAGGAAUUCAGAUCUCCGCAUUGUAUUCGAAUUUUCAGGGAAAAGUCAGUUAUCAGAUCAAAAAGAAUGAGAAGAACUUAAAUGACUCUCUCCUUGUCAUCACAGCGUCGGAGAAAUACACAGACUUCCAAAUCAAUAUCCCAAACAAAAGUAUCGAAACUUCUGUCAGAAAAGGUUUUGUGUGUUCUUUGGAAGACGGCCUCUUUAGACUUCACUUCAAUUUCAGAAAUUAA